AUGAGCACCGUCGCUGGCUCGACAACUCAUGGGAAGCCCGGCAACCCUCAUCUAGGGCUUGCGGAUGAGGCUCUGAGAUUUCGCCGGCACUAUGAUCCACAUUCUACACUGCUACUAGUGGGCUUUUUCGGGGCUGGCAAAAGAACAUUGGGAAUCAUAGCAUCGGUUGCGCUGCGGCGUCGAUUCAUCGAUUUUGAUUCAUAUUUUCAACAACAAGUUCAGUCUUCGCCACAAGAAUUCAUAGCACGUCACGGACUCGCGCAAUAUCGCGAUAUCGAACUCAAGAUCUCGAGGGAACUACUCUCCAACAAUGAGAAGAAUUGUGUUAUUGUUGGCCUUGGAGCAUUUGCAAGUCGUCCUCAGCUAACGCUGCUGGCGGAGUUUGCCCAACAACACCCUGUUGUCUAUGUGAGACGAGAUGAGCAAGACUUGCGACAAUUCGUCACGACAAGUCAACAGAAAUUCGACCGAAUAUUCGAGCUAGGGAAUGACUUCUUCGAGUCGUGCUCCAACUUUGACUUUUUUAACCUCACUCAAGGUCUACCUCAGCAUAAGUCAGUUCCUGCCUACCUUAAGCUCAAGGAAACGGAGCGCUUAUUUGUGACGUUUCUACGUCGCAUCUUUGGAUCAUAUAUUCCGCAAACCUUCUCAUCAGAGCCCUUCUCUGCAUCGCACACAUUUUCCCUGGAAGUACUUUCAUCUUGGCUUGAAGACAAUUCUCCAGAAUUGGAACUCCUGGAAAGUGGCGCUGAUGCCAUCACCCUGGUGGUGACACCUCACGAAAUACAUCCUGCUAGGCUUGCAGCUAGACUGUCACGACAUAUUGCAACCCUUCGGAAGCACUCACGUGUUGCAAUUAUCAUCGAUGCAGAGGGACUUUCUGCGAGUCCGCAGGACCCUAGAAACUACAACCAAGUCCUUGGAAUGCUUCUUCGCCUUGCCCCAGAGGCACUUAUAAUAUCACUCGAAUGCGAUAAAAAGGUUGUACAAAAAUUGAAUGCUUCCAAGGGAUAUACAAAAAUUAUCGGUGGUCUUCACGAUAAGCUCCCUGUCGGCUCACGCCACGCAUCAAUUACCCCCGCUGCCCUUCAUGAAAAGACACGACAAUUUGAACUGGAUGCGAUCCGCCUCACUGGUGAAUCUCAGUUUCCUGAUGGCAAUCUACAGUGUGUUUCAUUUAUUCAAGAGGCUACAGAUUUGAUCAAUUUACCUGUUAUCGCAUACAAUAGCGGAUCGCUCGGUCGAGCCUCAAUAUGUCUAAAUCCUACUCUCUCACCUGUGAUGCUACCAUCUACGAAACACGACGGAGUAACUCUCCAGAAAGCACAGCUUGCAAUGGCAGGACUCUUUCUACUACCUAGGAAGAAGUUCACGAUCUUUGGUCAGAGCGUCAAGUACAGUCUCUCACCAGAAAUGCAUCAUGCAGCGUAUGAGUACAGCGGGCUUCCGCAUACAUAUGACACUACGCAAGCUGACGACAUAUCUGCUGUUAAUCAACUUCUAAGUGAUAAGGAUCGUGGUGGUAUCACCAUUUCUCUUCCAUUCAAAUCUGCUGUUCUGCCAUUCAUCGAUGAGAUCACGCCAGACGCUAAGGACAUGCAAGCAGUCAAUACUGUUGUCCUUGAGCAAAUUUAUCAACCUGAUGGUUCACGAGUCACUAUUCGAAGAGGGUACAACACAGAUCAUAUUGGAAUAAGAGACUGUAUCGACAAACACCUCUCUCCCGCGAAUGCUGUUCGAGACGGGACCACAGCUUUGAUCGUCGGUGCAGGAGGAAUGGCCCGCGCAGCGAUAUAUGCUUGCUACGAACUCGGCGUUCGACGAAUCUGCAUCUAUAACCGCACCCACGAAAAUGCGCAAAAGCUUGCUGAUUAUUGGAACGAAUGGGCACAAUCUAAGGCUGGGGUCAACCUGCUGGUUGAUGUUCUCCGCUCAACGGAUCCCUGGCCAUCUGAUAUUCGCUUGCCAACCAUCGUCGUUCCCUGCAUCCCUCCCUUCCAAAUCGGCAGUGAACAGCACCCUGUCGUUUUCCAAAUCCCGGAUGAAUGGCUGGAGAGCCGAACAGGUGGCGUUUUUGUUGAGGUUGCAUAUGGUCCUUUCAAGACACAACUCAUGGAGCAAAUGCUGCCACGUGCAUCUAAGGGAUGGGUUGUUGUGAGCGGCCUGUUGGUUUUGAUCGAGCAGGGUAUUGCUCAAUAUGAAUUAUUCACGAAGAGGCCUGCGCCUGUUCAUGUAAUGCGGCGGGUUAUUCAGGAGCAGUCCCUCAAAUAUGGAUUCGUCCAUCAAUAA